CCUCAUUCAAGGGGUUUCCUUUCCUUCUCCAGCGCUGCUGUCAUUCACAACCAGAAAAGACACAAAGGAAGAUCACAGAUGAAGGUGUAAAGCUGAAAGCUGGUAAAUGUGCGUUUAUUCCGGCGGAGGCUCGUCUGAUCUGAUGCCUGGCGCAGGUGGAUCAUUUCCCGCAUUGAUCAGCUGAGCCUCGGAGAUCAGCAUCAGCAUCAGUCGGUCUGAGUGUUUGCUAAGUGGACUGAGCCAUAAACAGGCUUCCCGUCUGGAUCUCUGCCAUCGCUCUCUUCCUGCUCUCCCUUCCCUGGAUCCUCAGGCUGAAGAACGCCACCAUCAUCCCCGAUCGGACCAUUGAAACGUGAGACUUGUGCCCCGUCCAGACGCGGCAGAGCCCCUCAGGGCCCACGGGCACAGCGGCACUUUAGGACAGUCUGCUAGUCAUGAGUGAAUUCUGGUUGUGCUUCAACUGCUGUAUCGCCGAGCAGCCGCAGCCGAAGAGGCGGAGACGUAUAGAUCGGAGUAUGAUCGGCGAGCCGACUAAUUUUGUCCACACGGCCCAUGUAGGCUCUGGAGAUAUCUUCAGUGGCAUGAACUCUGUGAACUCAAUUCAGAACCAAAUGCAGUCUAAAGGAGGCUAUGGAGGAGAGGCCAUGUCUGUCAAUGUACAGAUGCAGCUGGUGGAUACAAAAGCAGGAUAAUUCGUGUUGUUGGAAGGGGGUCCCGUGAUGAGCUAUUUCUGCUCUCUGGUUCCCCUCCAGCAGCUCUCCACGUGCCCCGGCGGCAACUUUUCACCUCAUUCUUACCCAGCAAACACAUGGACAGUUGUGUGCUCCAUGGUAAAGAGGCCGUCCUGCCUCGGACAGCAGGAUCCCACAGCGCUUCAGUGUUGUUUCCGUCACUGCUUCAUCGCAUGCCCCUCGACGCCUAGAAGUGCAAAGUGUGUCCCUGCUUUCUUCUGUGGUUUGCCGUAAACUGUUGCUUUUCAUCGCGCACAUCUGUGGGUCUGGAACCAAUGCGAACCGUCGUUUUGGGUUGGUUCUCUUUUGUUUGCUCAUUUCGCCAUGAAAAGACUGCUUUUAUUUUUGAUUCAGUGAUCAGCUUGGAGCCGACAACAAUGUUUGUAUGAGAAAGUGGCUGCUUGCAGUCAUGCGGUGCCAAACUGCUCAGUGCAAUGGAAUGACAGGAAGUACUUUGUGUUUAAACAUGAACACAACAAACGCCAUUUUUAAGGAAAUGUGAUUGUUACUUUGCUGUUUACAAUGUUACAAUUUGCAUUUCUUUUCUUUUUUUCUGUUUUCAUUAUAAUAAUUUUUCAGUUUAGCAUAAUCACUGAUGUUGAAAGGCAUGGGUGGCGUUUCUCCUUCUGCUGUCUGCUGUGUCAAUGUACGUCUGUAACUUGAUGUAAAGCAACUAAAGCUAUAGAUAGUGUACAGAAAAGAUGUAUAAAAUGAUUUUGAUUAGUUCUAGUGCUCUUUAUCGAUGUAGCUACGAUUACUGGGGCAUUUCAAUAAAUAAGGUAAUGAGAACUGUGAUGUGAGUAAAUUUACUCAGGUAACACAAAACAGCGCCACCUAUUGGCCAUAGAUGACUGGACUCGUUGAGAUGCACAAUAAGAUCCUAUUUCUGUGUGUAAAAGUAUGGAGCUCCUACGAGGACAUAGUCUUGGAAAGUGUAAGAUGGGAGGAAAAAAUGACCUCAUUUGCUUGCAAAAGUUUUGCAUUCCCCUGAAAAACUUUGUUCAUUGAAUGCACAACUGGAAAUAAUAUAAGAUUGAAGAAAAAAACUUUAUUUCAGUGCUUUUUGGGGGGAAUGCAAUACUUUUGCAAGCAAAUGCAAAAGUUUAUUGGGAGAGUACAGAUGUUUUGUAAGUAAAUAAAACUUUUUUGGGGGGAACGCAGUACUUUUGCAAGCGAAUGUAAAUUUUCUUAGGUGAAUGCAAAAGCAUUGAUAAUUUUCCCCCCGUCUUGUAUUUUUUACGUUACUAUGUUCCCUUAGGGGCUCCUUAGUAAAAGACGCAACGCCAGCUGAAAUUUAUUGCUUGCUUGUAGAGGUCGUCCACUUGAUCCAACCAAAAUAUUAAAUGGAAAUAUAAAAUGGGUACCUUAUUUACUGAAAGGCCUUUAUAUUACAAAGUCACAGACUGAUUUCUGGGGUCUCCCCACUCUCUCUUGCCUACUGCUGUAGUUUUAUUCAAAUAUUGUUCUAGGACAUAGAGUUAGAGUGCAUUCUCUCAAAAAUGUGGUGUUGAAUCUCAUGAAACCUGUCAAGAACAAGUCCUGAUUAUAUUUACAUCCCGAAAAAGAAGAAAAAGCCAUUAAUAUUAUUGCAUUGAGGUGUUAUGUUCAUAAUUUAAUAGCCUCCACACACUUCACUUCUCAUUACCAUAAUGCAACAAUAUCUGAUUUGAAUAAAAUAAUAAUAAUAAAUGAUUACUUAUUAUAUGAUUAAUUACUGUAUUUAUUAUAAAAUUAUAUAUAUAUAUAUAUAUUUUUUUUUAAUGCACGCUUAAGCACAAUUUUUUUUCAUUUAAAUCAAAUAUGUACAUAUAUAUAUAUAUAUAUAUAUAUACAUAAUUUGGGGGGGCAAGUGAACUUGUCCUGGACAUGUUUUUGUGAGAUUCAUCUCUUGACUGUCUUCAAGAUUAAGCAGGCAGUUUAAUUAGAUUUUCUGCUAAUUUCAGUUAAUUAUUUCAGCCGACUGUGGGUUAUUAUACAGUGAACACUCCUAUUCUUCACUCAGGUCAAGAUAAAAAUGGCUACAGUCUUCUCAAACCUCUUUAAAUCCAGUAUUGCCAAUGUUAUGACAAAAUCAAACUUUUAAAUGGUAUAGACAAAAAUGUAAUUAUUUUACAGUAUCGUCACACAAACAGUUUAAAACUGUAUAUUUGGGUAUAUUAGUUCCGGCCCAGUGUUGUGAGGUUUAUGAAUUAUCAUAAAGGGUAAAAUCCUUUUAGCUGCUUGGUAUUUUUGUGCUAUUUUAAUAAGGCCUGCUGUGUCAUAGUGAAUAUUUGCCAGAUGAAAAUGUAGAAUCUUCAAAUAUUGACUUUGAGAAAGUCAAAAGAUGACUUGUAUUUGAUUUGUUAUAAAUGCAAGUGAAUUCCCAUGUUGGUUUUAACAUAGAAUGCUAAAUGUGUCUGUGCAUCGGUCCCUGUUAACCGUAGUCUUUUCUCAAGUGCUUUAUGUUUGUGUAUACUGUAUCUGCACUCUGUCUGCCACUAUACUCCCUUAAAUUAUUUCCCUUGUUUUGCUGCUGUUGUGUUUUGUUCUUUGUUUUGCUGGCAUGGCCGUCUUAGGGCGACUACACACUAUGGUCAGAGAUCUCUGUCAGUGCAUUGUCAAUGUGGACGGCGCGCUUUAUGGAUGUAGAAAUUAAACCAGAAGGUAUGCAAAUAUGACUCGCGUCACAUGAUCAAAUGUUUAAACAUUUGCUGUGACUCUGUCUUAAAUUGACUGUAAUUCUGCUUGAUUUUAAACUGAACCAAGUCUUUCCACACCUUCAAAAUACAUCUCGCUCAGAGGUUUCCCUGGUGUGUAACCCUAAGCCAUCAUCCAUUUUGGCACUAUUUUUUAGCCAUUUUAAAGGGACAGUUCACCUAAAAUGACAAUUCUGUCGCCCUUAUGUUGUUCCAAACCUGUAUAAGUUUCCAUAAUAUAGUAGUCAAUGGGGAGCAGUAACUGUUUGGUUACACACACAUUCUUCAAAAUAUCUUCUUUUGUGUUCCGCAGAAGAACGAAACAACAACAAGAAGUAAAUGAUGACAGAAUUUUCUUUUUUUUUGGGGUGAACUGUCCCUUUAAGGCCUUGUUCGUGAAAGACGAGCCUAACGAAGGUCUGACGUGAACUGAUUUCUCAUGUGUUGGUGUUUCAUGAAUGAGGCUCAUGUCGUGUGCUGGACUGAAACGGUGGCAGAAAUCCAAGCGGAUAUGUGAUGUUGUGAUGACGAAGACAUUGAGUAGCCUAUCUUGGUGUUUUUUAAUUUUAAUGUAAUAUUAUUUAAUGUGUGGCCAAAGUGUUGUCAGCCAACAUGCAAUACAUGACAAUAAAUCUCCUCUCUGCCUUUGUUGUACUGCGGAUGGAUUUCAGCAUCAGGGAAACAAGCUCAGCUUUGUUGAUGUCAGACUCAUUUUUUUGGUACCCAUGUUAUUUUACAUUGUGUCAAAUGGUCGAUUACCCAAUGUGUUCUGUCAAAAUAAAUAUUUUUUACAUGCA